UAUUUGCUAGAGCUACAAUGUAAAGAAUGCAUUUUGCAACCGUUUUCUAUAAAAACCAUGGAAUUCUAUUGUUCACCACCAUAAUUUCAAAAAUCUUUCACUGUUAAAUAAAAAUGAAGUUGACAUAUUUAUUUUUCUUCGUGAGUUUGGUGUCUUUCUCUUUGGGGAAUGCAUCUGAUCAAGCUUUGCUGGUGCGACACAGACGUCAGGUUGACUUCAUAGGAAAUACACAAUCACUCGUCCAAGAAUUAGCCCAGAAUCUGCAGAAAGCUGCUCAAGAUGCUAUAGAUGCUACUAAGAAGUUCAACGAAGGUCUACAAGAGCAAGCAAAGCUUUUCACGGAAAAAGUAGCAAACGACUUGAAGAGUUUAAGAGAACGUGUCAACAAUGCCAUCAACAGCUUCACUGACAGAUUCACAGGCGCCGGAGCUGCAGUUCAAACUUGCAUAGAGAACUUUAGGAAAGAAAUUGAUGUAAUUUUUACCGAAACCGUGGAACAAUCUAAAGAUUGUGCCGAUGAGAGAAUAAAGGAAAUCGGUGAGUUAAUCGAAAACCUCAAACUGCUCUCAUCGAAUGCUACGGGGUUUGCAAGUAAUGCUGUGGAAGAGUUAAGAAAUUGCCGACACGACAGUUCUGGAUUCCUAGCUACUGGAUCAUGCUUUGGAAGCGUUGCUGUUAGAACUGAAUUACAGGGAGCUGCAUUCUUAACCCAAAGUGGAUUAUUGAUUACUCGUACCAACUUGGCUCUGGCAACUUUACCUGCAGCACUCGAGGUUUGUGCUGGCACUCGUCUCCUUGCGGCCGGAGUAAACUCAGCAAAAUUUGUGGUAGAAAUCGGCACCUGCUCAGCCUCUUCGGUUUAUUCUUCACUUACAAGAAAUAAAUUUUCUUAAAAUUAAACGGCUAUUAACUACAA